AUAACGGGUCCACAUGAACUCUGCUUUAAUAGCCCUGCCUGCACUGGAAUACAGUCAGUUUCUUGUCAGACUUCACGAAGUUAAAUGGUACUUGGUGUUCUGCAGCCGUAGCUCAAGUGUCAGUGAUGGUCUGAGGACUUGUCGAUGGGGGGACCAACUCCAAAGAUGGAUGCUCUGCUACUUUUGAUGUGCUUUUUGUGCGUCCUGCCAGUGUGGAGCAUUUUUGAUGGCAUUUGUCCCAGAAAUGACCCUCCUCCUGGUGUGGUGGUUGUGUCUCCAGGAAGCAGGCUGGAACUGACCUGCAGCGGUCAUAUGAAGGUGAAUGGAGUGAAAGUCACCUUAACUAGAAAUGUCCCAAGUGUAAAUAAGAAAGGAUCUUCGUCAGAGCAAACUCCCACCACGCAGCAAGCUAGAAGAAACAGGGCUUUUACAAAAAGAAGUGAUAAAUCUUCUACAGUAAGCGAGAGAUUCCGCAUUCCCACCACGGCGACUGGAAUCAGCACUCUGCUAGGAGAAAACCGAAGCAGCGGAUAUUCAGACGUGGAACACGCCACUUCUCCACAAGUGGUCCAGCCAACCCCUCCCAGCAAAACCACAACGAAGGGAAUGUCAGACUGGGAGGAUAAAGAGAUGAAACUCAAAGCUGAAUAUAAAGACAGGGAGUCAGAGGAAGGCAGCAGAGCAACCAGAGAGGUUAAAAUGAGGCCUCAGUGGCAGUGGAACAAACAGCUGAUGGAGAGUACAAACAGAGACUGGGGAGGACUUGCAUUUCUGAGUGACGGGAGCGGCCUAUCUCUGAGUUCAGUACGACUGACGGACGCUGGGAAAUACACGUGUCAUCACAGGGGAGAAGAAACACUCGCUGUUAAGGUGAUUGUUGCAGAUCCUCCUGAGACUCCAAUUAUCUCUUGCUACAAGAAGUCGCCCAGGAGUAAAAUUCGCUGUGAAUGGAGACCUCAGAAACCAGUAAUCAAGCAACCUAACUGCUACCUUUUUCUGAGCAAAGAUUAUUUCCCUUACGGAAAAAUAGAGAAUUUCCAGCAAAAGCGGUGCUCAUACUCACUUCAGCACUCCCGCUGUUGGUGUGCUCUGGAGCACAUUGAGAAGGAGCGGAGGUUGAACCAUGUGGCUUUCCUGUGUGUUACAAACUUCUUGGGCAACGCCACCAGUCCCCUGAUCUAUUUCACACCACUGGAUAUUUUGAUGCCAGACCCCCCAUCUAAUGUGAUGGCCCACCCAGUGGAGAGACGAGCAAAAAUGAUAAAGGUGACCUGGAACUUGCCAAUAACCUGGAAGGAGAAGGAUGACUUUUAUGACCUAACCUAUGAGGUCAGAUACAGACCUUCAAACUCUUCAAAUGAACAGGAAAAUACAAUUAGAAAACGCACGUACCUGAUUACUGACGCUCUGCCUGGUGUUGAGUACCUGAUUCAUCUCAGAGUUAGAGAAGAAUACGAUGGUCAUUGGAGCGAGUGGACUUCACCUGUCUCUGCCAGAAGUUGGACAGCUAAUAUAGAAGAAAAGAGUGAAAUGACGACCACAACGAUCGACUUGCCCUCCACUGAAUACUACUUCACUGGUUCUGGUUUUUCUGAUUACCCUCCUGAUAAAUCUCCCAUAACAGUUGAGUUAUGUGAGAACUCAUUUUCAUGCAACAUACACUAUCAUGUUAUUUGGAUCUCUGCCGUUUUUGCCAUCAUGUGCUGCAUUUUGGCUGUCUACAUCUUCAGACACAAAGACAGGUAUUUGAACAAACUCUAUAGUCUAAAUAGUACCACCCACAGCGAGGCCUUGUGUCCACCUCGUCCUUCCAUCCCUUCGUCCUCGGAAGAAGAAGCCCUGGUGUCUGACUCUGGCCCGCAGCUCUACACACAAAGCGACACACAAGAAGACGGGGAAAACGAGAAAGGACAAGCUGAGACGGACAGAUUAGAAGCCACAAAUUUCAACAACAAAAGUUACUUCUUCCUGCAGAUGUAGUUAUGAACGAACCAGUUUUAGAAAAUUAAUGAAAAGGGACCGAGCAAAAGGGACACCCAGAGAAAAUUUGUAUAGAUUGUAUAUCCAUUCCUUUAUGUACGUGCCAUGCUUAAACUUGUGCUGAAAUGUUUUUUAUGUGGUUUUGUUUCUUUCUCUUCUGUCUACUGGUACCAUGUUAAAAUGUUGAAAUCACCUGCAGAGGUGACUUCAUCGCAAUAAAUAUUUUGUUUUUUUAUGUUACUGAAAAGUUUAAGUUGAUAUUGAUGUUGAAUUUCUGUACUAAAAUACACUUUCUAGAGCUUUUUGAAACUAUCCUGAACUAAAAAUAUUUUUCUUACUCAUAAUUAUGAGUCAUCAUUAGUCAACAUUAUGUGACUUAAAUUCAUUUGACUUUUUGACUAUUAGUCAAGAAGUCAAAUGACUUUUUGAUUAAUGAUAUUUUGAAUUAGCUAACUCAAAGUUAUGAGCUAUUAUUUCAUAUUUAAGAGAAAAUUACUGAUUAAUUACUAUGUCAUUAUUUUUUGCUUUUGCUACCUGAUCAUUGGCUUGCCUAUCUCUUAAUGAUUGAUUGAUU